CUGGAUACAAGGGCAAUAAAUCGGCAGGUCAACAUUAGCACUGCAUGAAUACAUUGAACGUUGCGCCAUUACAAAUUGGUUCGUCACUUGUUGGAAAUGGCAUUUCGGCUUGUUUCUCGCAGAUUUACUCCACUGAUUUCCUCAAUACGUCGUGCUAAAAUUGGUUCAGCCACAAAUUAUGUCCCUUCAUUUGAAACGGUUCAUAUGCCUGAGACUGAAGUGACUACUCUGAAAAAUAACGGUUUUCGGAUAGCUUCAGAAAACUGGAACACUCCAACAUGCACGGUUGGUAUUUGGGUGGACGUCGGUAGUAGAUUUGAGACGGAAUCCAAUAAUGGCGUUGCUCAUUUCCUUGAACAUAUGGCUUUCAAGGGGACUGAAAAAAGGAGUCAACAGUCUUUAGAACUUGAAGUCGAGAAUAAAGGUGCUCAUUUGAAUGCAUAUACCUCUCGUGAAAUGACGGUGUAUUAUGCAAAAUGUUUUGUUGAAGAUCUAUCAUGGGCUGUUGAAUUGUUAUCAGAUAUAUUGAAAAAUAGUAAGUUUGAAGACAGUCAGGUUGAACGCGAAAGAGGGGUCAUCUUAAGAGAAAUGGAGGAAAUUGAAAGUAAUUACCAGGAGGUCGUUUUUGAUUACUUGCAUGCAACUGCUUAUCAAGGAACUCCUCUUGGGAGGACGAUCCUCGGACCUGUAGAAAAUGUCAAGUCUUUAAAAGCCAAUGACAUGAGAAAUUUUAUCAAACAGAACUAUAAGGCACCACGAAUGGUGCUCAGCGCUGCAGGAGGAGUCGACCACAAGAAACUGUGCGACCUCGCAGAGAAACAUUUCGGCGAUUUCCAGGCAUCUUAUCAGGAAGGGGAGGGGGUACCAAGUCUCCAACGCUGCCGUUUUACUGGCUCUGAAAUUCGUGACAGAGAUGAUGCCAUGCCAUUAGCUCAUGCUGCCAUAGCGUUCGAGGGUCCAGGUUGGCUAAGCCCAGACACAGUGGCACUGAUGGUUGCUAGCAGUCUGCAUGGUGCUUGGGAUAGAAGCUAUGGCGGAGGAUUUAAUGUUGCCAGUAAACUCGCUUCCAAAUUUUUUAAGGAAAAUUCGGUACACAGUUUCCAACAUUUCUUUACUUGCUACCAUGAUACUUCUCUGUGGGGAGUUUACUUAACAGCAGAUAAAAUGGGUUUGGGCGAAUCUGUUGGUGAAUUUCUCAACGAGUUUAUCCGUAUGUGCACUCAGGUUACUCAACAUGAAAUUGACAGGGCAAAGAACCAGUUAAAAACACAUCUCCUCUUACAGUUAGACGGCACUACACCUAUUUGUGAAGAAAUCGGUCGGCAUAUGUUAGUGUAUGGUCGUCGUAUACCAAUAACUGAACUGCUAGCUAGAAUUGAUGCUCUCACUGCUGAACAUAUUAAAGAAACAUGCAUGAAGUACUUCUUUGAUAAAUGCCCUGCUGUCGCGUCUAUCGGUCCAGUCGAAACUUUGCUGGAUUACAACCGUAUUCGGGAUAAAACUUGGUGGCUUCGUCUGUAGAGAAAUUUUAAUGUUUCAAAUAUCAAGUUCUGUAGAUGUUACUACCUACAGCCUAAUUAUACUUACAUAGUUUUAUGAUUUCUAUUGUACGAUAUUAUCUUGUGUUUUGGUAGCAGUAUUCCCUUCUUUCUAAAAUGGGUCGAGACUUACUUAUAUUGAUAUACUUAAAUUGUGCAUUAUGUGUAUGUCUGUCAUCCAUAAAUCAGUUUCACUGUGCGAGUGCAUGUAAGUAAUAUCAUGAAUAGGUUGAUAUACAGUGAAAGAUAUAAUCUAGUGCUUCAAGUACAGGCAGCGGGAAGUGUUUCGAAUUAUUCACG